UGUUUUUUUCACUCGACAACACGGAGCAAUCGAAUAGUCUUCAUCCGAAAAUUGUGGCAGAUUAUUCGACAAUUUAGUGCUAGCAGCGGGCUUGUGGUGGUUAAUUUUUUUGGUGCGCAAAAAAUAAGGAAAAUCAAAUUUAGUGGUUUCGUCUCUACGGGGUAUCACUUCCUCUUAAAAUUAGUAAUAAAAGGUUGAUAUGCAAUAAAAGCUUCUGUGUUUUUUCUUGUCUGGUAAUCAAUAGCGGUGUAAAUUAAAUUUGUUCACGGUGUAUUUGUAUUUGCAAAAGUUAUGUCCAGUUGUUCUUUCGCUGGAUUAGUAUAUGUAUAUUGAAAUAGUUGAAGUAAAAUAUAAAGAGAGCGGAUACAAGUUGGAAACAGUCUGGGUUGUAGUAAAGAUAUAACAGAAAAUUAAGCAAAAUUAAUGCAUUGGAAAAGAGCCGAGAGUGCAGAAUAUAGAAAAUAGCAUUGAAUUAAAAAAAACAGCAAGUGUUGCAAUUGAAAGAAGAGCCAAGGAUAAGAAAGAAUCCAAUUGGAAUCGGUCAAUUGGUCGAUUGGUUAGUCGAUAAUCGUACUUACAUGUUGGUGCGCUUGUGUGUGUGCUGUCGGCUACGGAGUAGUGGUUAAAGAAAUUGUCCAAUUUUUGCCGUGUUGAGUGUGCUGUGUUCCGAAACGUGAGGCGCACACAAAUACACACAUAAAUAUAUUUGGUGUGGUGCUUUUUCGAAAAACCCAAAACAGUGGUGCAACAACAAUAGAAAAUAACAAAAACAACAUACUGUUUAGUGAAUAUUGUACCAGACGGAGUAGAGAACGUGUAUUUGAGUGCCGGAUAAGGGAGCAGCGAAUUGAGAAAGAUGGGAAAGCAAAAAAUUUACUGUGCAAAAUGCGAUAAAAAGUGUUCAGGCGAGGUGCUACGUGUAGCCGAUAAGCAUUUCCACAAAGCUUGCUUUCAAUGCUGUCAAUGCAAAAAGUCGCUAGCCACCGGCGGAUUCUUUACCAAAGACGGCGCAUACUAUUGCAUUCCCGACUAUCAACGUUUAUAUGGCACAAAGUGUGCCGCUUGCCUGCAGUAUGUCGAGGGCGAGGUGGUCUCGACCAUGGGUAAGACGUAUCACCAAAAGUGUUUCACGUGCUCCAAAUGUAGUAAUCCAUUCAAGUCUGGGAGCAAGGUAACGAAUACCGGCAAAGAGGUGUUAUGUGAAAAUUGUAUUCCAGUAGCAACUUCAUCGCCCAUUCGACAACCGAAUGCUGUUGAUGUGUCGCGCAAAGAAGGCACGGUUUCACCAGUUCCAAAAGCUGAAAGUCCAACCCGUGCCACGGCACAUCAGCAGAUGACUAGUGGUGUUGUUUCGGAUAAGGCACGUCUCAAGGAGGAUUAUGACCCUAACGAUUGUGCCGGUUGCGGUGAGAUGUUGAAAGAAGGUCAAGCAUUAGUUGCACUAGAUCGGCAAUGGCAUGUUUGGUGCUUUCGUUGUAAAGCAUGUAAUGCCGUAUUAAAUGGCGAGUACAUGGGCAAAGAUGGGGUGCCGUACUGUGAGAAAUGCUAUCAGAAGUCGUUUGGUGUAAAAUGUGCUUACUGUAAUCGAUUUAUUAGUGGAAAGGUGCUGCAAGCGGGUGAUAACCAUCACUUCCAUCCAACCUGUGCGCGCUGCACAAAAUGCGGCGAUCCAUUCGGUGACGGCGAAGAGAUGUAUCUGCAAGGGAGUGCCAUUUGGCAUCCACGUUGUGGGCCAGGACCCUCUGAGUCUGGUAUUAUUUUAAAUGGUGGCGGACCAGCGGUGGGUAAUGGUGCCUUUACAGACACAGAAUGCGAUCGCAUAAGCUCGAGUGCGCUUAGUGAAAUGUACACGCGCUCCAGAACGCCGAGUUUUAAUGGUUCACUUUAUUCUUCUAGCCGCAAGCACUAUCGUACCGUAAGUCCCGGUUUAAUUUUACGUGAAUAUGGCCGACCUGGUGGAGAAGAUAUUUCACGAAUUUACACAUAUAGCUACUUGACAGAUGCUCCACAUUACUUACGAAAACCUAUUGACCCCUAUGACAAGAUGCCUUUGUCACCACACUUUCAUCGGCCGCCAUCGUAUGCCACUAGCACCGGCGGCGGUUCAAUGGCUGGCAGUCGGCCACCUUCACGGCCGCAUUCGCGCAGUCGUAGCGCUAUGAAAGUGCUUGUCGAUGCUAUACGCUCAGAGACGCCACGGCCCAAAAGUCCUGCGAUGAACAACGAGGAGCCCAUUGAGUUGUCGCACUACCCGGCAGCGAAAAAGCCACCACCAGGUGAAAAACCAAAAAUCGAAAGGGAUGACUUCCCAGCACCGCCUUAUCCAUAUACAGAUCCGGAACGUAGACGCCGCUACAGUGACACUUACAGGGGUGUAGCUACGUCUGAUGAUGACGACGAAGUUGAUAAUAUCAAAAAUGGCGAAGUUGAUACUCGUCUGCAACGUGAGGCUGAAGAGCUGGAAAAGCUAAAUUCAGGCAUUGGCUCGGCAAUUGCUAAAGAUUUAAAAGAGCAUGCAAAAUAUAAAAAAUGGAAGCAACAAAAUUUAGAUCCGAGAAAUGCAUCACGUACACCCUCGGCAGCCAAAGAACCCAUUCUCAAGUUAAGAUACGAAUCGCCUAUUGGUGCUUCACCUUCACGUAAUUUAGAUCAUCAGAAGCCUUUCUACGAUGAGGAAAUGUUCGAUCGGUCUACAAGUUACAGAGGAUCGUUAGGCAAAUCGCUUGGUAAUGCGCCCAGCUACAACGUGGUGAGCGCUUUGCGGCAUGUCCCUAAACCAGGAUACGGCUUAGCUCCACGCUCACAUACAUUCAGUGCAUCCACUCCGGCCGGUGGCACUACUGCUGUGCACCCUGUUGCUACUGACUUUUCAUAUGGAGGUCUUGUGGAUAAAACUCAUAGUACAGAUUUAAGUUGCGGAAAAUCGGAAGCUUCAGUUGAUUCCAUAACUGAUGGUGAUAGACGUGCUUUGAUGGGUGGCGAACUUCCCGCUUCUAGCACAUAUUCUGGUGUAUUGUCCUAUCAUUAUCCACAAGCCGGUUUGAUACGACGCAGUUUACCCAAUAUGGCACACUCUUUGCUCGUACAUGAACCGGCUAAAAUUUAUCCUUACCAUUUAUUAGUCAUCUCAAAUUAUCGUCUGCCAACAGAUGUUGAUCGCUGCAACUUAGAGCGUCAUUUGUCGGAUGUAGAAUUCGAUCAUGUUUUACAAUGUUCUCGUUCCGAGUUCUAUCGACUACCCCAAUGGCGACGAAAUGAACUGAAGCGCCGAGCUAAGCUAUUCUAAGCAAAAGUACUAAUAAUUAAAAUAAUAAAGCAGCAUUUCAUCGACGGAUUAAUGCCUAGAUGAAUAGGACUGUCUCAAUCCAUAUUCACCCACACAUGCACCUGCGAUUGUUCGUAGCUUAAAAAGAAAUCAAACGCGAGUAAAAGCAAAAAAAAAACGAAUAAAUAAGCUCAUUGUGUACACACUUGCUUUUCGCAGUAAAGCAAAAGAGAAAAAAAAUUAAAGAGUCAACGUCAAUAGCUCACGCUAUUCUCGUCUGCUAAACUCACAAGAGACACAACUAUGGAAAUUAUAUAAAAACUACAAACAAGAAGAAACACGCCAGAGAACGCCGCCAGCCCCUCGUUACCAAAAUCGAUUACUAACUAUCUUCUUAUAGUGAAUAAGAUUAAGUGAAUUUCGCCUGAAUGCAAAUAUUGACCGAUAAAAAGGAAGAAAAAAAAUACAAAAAUAGUAAAUAAAUCAAAUUGACAAACAAGCAAGUUUUAGAGCUUUACAUUACGACUUGACAAAAAAUAGUAAAAAUAAACUUAAAUAAAAUUUGAGCUUUUUUCUAUUUUAUGUAGCCUACGUACACAUAUAUUACUACUUUGUUCGCAAUUAUAUAUUGUAUUUAUAUAAACCUGUAUUUUUUAAAUUAUAUUGAGAGAGAACAUAUUGCGAAAGCUUCAACUACAUACCUACAAGCAUACUUAUGUACAUAUGUGCUGUAUAUGUAUGUAUGUAUAUGCACGUGCCGCACAUACACUAUUUUGCAUGUAUGCAGCAUUCUAUAGAUUUAUAUGCAUAUAUAUUUUCAUUUCCUUUUAUGCAUUUGUAUUUAUUCGCUUGUAAAUUAAGGCGAAAUAGGUCGAAAAGCAGAAAUGAUGCUAAAUUACUAAUUUGCUUUCUAAAACAAAAAACAAACAAACAAACAAAACCACAGAUAAAAAUAUGCAAUUAAGAUACACUACAUGAUAAAAAUCUGAUAAUUGCAUAAAAAAUAUGUAUUUACAAAUAUAUGCUUGACAUUUAUUUAAUGUGAAAAAUCGAA